GAUGCACAGACGGAGCCGUGUGAUACACUAACAACGUCGUGAAUGGCCCUUUUUGACCUGUCCUCCCCGAACCUCAAUCAACAAGGCAGGGUUAGGCGACAUGUGCUCGCCGAGAGAUGGCGCCCACACCGUCUGUCGAUAGCACCGACCAUGCAAGUCAGGUCAAUGUCAACACGGCAAGCGGUGGUGGCUCGACCAACCACGAGCCGACUGCAGCAGCAACACUCGAGUCGAGAGAGUUGAGGGACGAACAGGAGCGGCAGCAUCAAGAGCAACCGCAUAAGCACACGGCACCUGUCGAGCCCAUAUUCCCGCAGCUCAAUAACACGACCGAGGCUGACGGCACCCCGCUUGUCAUCGACCAGUCCGGUACCGCACAAAAUGACGAUGAUGACGAAGACGAGCCCGCCGUAGCCACACCCUUUGUGCGCACGUCCAGUCCCGACGGCGUCUCCAAGACCCGUCCGGCCAGCGUCGAGGAGGAGGAAGACGACGAUGAUACCGACGACAAUCCGGGCGGCCACAUGGACGACAGCGAGAUCAGGAAGCGCAAGCUGCCCAAGAUGCACAAGUACAGUCUCUAUGAGACCGCCUCCAAGUACUACAUAGUCGGCGCCGACGUCACCGAGAAGCGUUACCGCAUUCUCAAGGUCGACCGCACCGCCGACGAGCAGGACCUGAGCGUCACCGACGACAAGAUUGUGUACACGCAGAAGGAAAUGAACCAGCUGCUGGACACAAUCGACGAUGGAAACAAGGCCACAGGUGGCAUCAAGCUUCGCUGCACCACCUGGGGCUUGCUGGGUUUCAUCAAGUUCACCAGCCACUACUACAUGCUACUUAUCACCAAAAAGAGCACCGUGGCGAUGCUUGGCGGCCACUACAUCUACCAGAUUGAUGGCACCGAGCUGAUCCCCCUGACGCCCGCAAAGUUCAAGCUGGACCAGCGUAACCAGGAGGAAUCUCGUCACCUCCAAAUCCUGGGCAAUUUGGAUCUGACCAGGUCAUUUUACUACAGCUACUCGUAUGACAUCACAAGGACACUCCAGCACAACAUCGCAAGAGAGCGUGCUGCGCUUCUGCAGGGCAAGGAGCGCGCCCUAGACGCCGACUUCAACUCGAUGUUUGUGUGGAACAGCCAUCUGCUGGGUCCCGCAGAGGCGGCCCUCAGCUCGCCCUUUGACUGGUGCCGACCCAUCAUACACGGCUACAUAGACCAGGCGGCCAUUUCCAUCUACGGACGAACAGCCUACGUUGCUGUCAUUGCCCGGCGCUCUCGGCACUUUGCCGGUGCCCGCUUCCUCAAGCGUGGCGCCAACGACCUUGGAUAUGUUGCCAAUGACGUUGAGACGGAGCAGAUUGUCUCUGAGGUCAACACAACCUCUUUCCACUCUCCCGGCACAAAACUUUAUGCUAGCCCGCAGUACACAUCCUAUGUUCAGCACCGAGGCAGUAUCCCCUUGCACUGGUCUCAAGACAGCACCGGCGUGACCCCCAAGCCACCUAUAGAGAUUAACCUGAUCGACCCUUUUUAUACCUCGGCCGCACUGCACUUUGACAACCUCUUUGAGCGCUAUGGAGCUCCUGUAUAUGCCUUGAACCUUGUCAAGGCUCGAGAGCGUACGCCUCGCGAGUCGAAACUCCUGGAAGAGUAUACCAAAGCCAUCGACUACCUGAAUCAGUUCCUGCCCGAGGAUAAACACAUUAUUCAUCGAGCCUGGGACAUGUCCAGGGCAGCAAAGUCUCGUGACCAAGACGUUAUAGGCAUCCUCGAGCGCAUCGCCGAGCAGGUUGUAACAACGACUGGCUUCUUUCACAAUGGUGACACUGCGAUAACGCCGGCGUCGUCAAGUGACCCGGGUGCUCCUCGGGUGCAAAACGGGGUUGCGCGUACCAACUGCAUCGACUGUCUCGACCGAACUAACGCGGCACAGUUUGUCAUCGGCAAGCGUGCUCUCGGUCACCAACUUCAUGCGUUGGGAAUUCUGGAGGACACGGUUGUCGACUAUGACACUGACGCGGUCAACCUUCUCACUCACAUGUAUCACGAUCAUGGAGACACCAUCGCGGUCCAGUACGGCGGGUCGCAGCUGGUCAACACUAUGGAGACGUACCGCAAGAUUAACCAGUGGACCAGCCACAGUCGAGACAUGAUUGAGAGUUUUAAACGCUACUACAAUAACUCGUUCCUCGAUGGGCAACGUCAGGAAGCCUACAACCUUUUUUUGGGCAACUAUGUCUUUGUCAAGGGCCAGCCAAUGCUUUGGGAUCUUGCAACAGACUACUAUCUGCAUCACACAGACCCAAGAGCCUGGCUAGGCAACCAGCGACACAACUACACCCGCUGGUACACACCCCAAUACUUGGAGCCGAGAACAGUACCGCCUUGUGUAUCGCCGUCGUCGGAUACAGCCGCUGUCAAGCCCGUAUCCUACUACGAUGAUUAUUGGCUCGAGUACUAUCGCCCAUCCACUCUGUCGUCGUUUCUCAAGAUGUUUCCGUUCAAGAUGAACUCGACCAUCAAGUUCAUACCCUUCAAGUCAACCCAAGAAGGUCGCUACGACCUUAGCCCCUUCCGAGUGCGCACUGAGGGCGACCAAGAUGCGCCAGACAAGCGACGUCGCGCCAGUGGCAAGAAGAAUGUUACGGUCAUGACCCCAGAGGAUCAAGAACAUCACGGCCAGCAUUAUGACCCGUAUACCUCGCUUGGCUCCGCCACCUCUGCCAGCAUGACACACGCCGCCGCAAACGGCGGUGCCAACGGCAGGCCGACGUCAACCAAGGGGUUUCGGGGGUGGCUGCAGAACACUCAGGAUCCCAAGGAGUCGAACGUUCUAGGCCAGUUUGCCAACGGUAUUCAUUUGCAGGGAAUAAUGAAGGAGUCCACAUCGUCCUUGACCGGGUCGGCCGCUGAAGCUGACCCCAAGUCAGGCAAGCCCACCUCGCUGGAGAAAAGCCGCGCGGCCCAAUGGACGUUUGCCAAGAUGGUGCACGAGUCGCUGAAUCCAUCUGUGAACAUCCAAGAAACGGAGGAUUAUGCCCGAUAUAUAAGUCACCCCCAGACGCUACCUCUUGUCAUAUCUGCCGAUCCGGUGCCUUCGGACGUGGAUGCCGAGUACGAGGAAUACAUUCACGGCAACUGGCAGACCCAGGGGCUGUCUGCCCCACACGGCUCGGGCGGAUCUUAUUAUACCUCAUCUAUGUAUGGCCGCGACAGCGUCACGGCGCAGACCACUAUGUUUUCAGAAAGCAUCGGCGACGUCGAGAAGGAGCAGGAACGUGACGAGAUGUACAUGCUGUUCGAGGAGCUGCUCAAGGUUGGCGACAAUCCGCUCACGGUCACGGAAGAGGAUGCGCAGAAGAAGCGGUACAAGGCCUAUAGGAAAUGGCUCAGAGGGAAAUCGCUUUUCAAACAACAGCCAGUCGAUUAGGUUUCGGGUGAUGCUAUUGCCGAUGGCGAGACUGUCUACGAAGACUCAAUCCUGUGAGCAGUUUGGGCUGUAGGCUGGGUCGUCUUUUUUUUUUUUUUUUUUUUUUUUUCUGAAUUUAGUAUCUGUCUUAGCCCUUGGCAGAGAUAUCAAAGAGCUUUUGCAACGACGCAUCUUGCGCCGUCAGUGGAGCCACAACCUCGGCAAGGUCGAUGCCUUCGGAACGCGCCACUGCUGUCAGCAUUUUGGCGGCUUUUGCGAGGCCUCUAUGCACAAGGGUAGUUGCAUCUUGCUCACUCCCCUCGUCAUCCGCACGCAUCCAGCAUACAACAAGUGCCUUGAUUAUGGCGUCGCGCCAAGGUGGCAGACCAAGUCUUGGCCAGCAGUUCGCAAUAACGGCCUGCAGGGCCUCGAUGGCAGCUAAUAAUGACGGCAGGUGGGCCAUGGCAAACGGUUCUUCCAUGACUGAUGUGAGCAUUGGAACAAUGUCCUGUUGGUUUUUGUGGUGUUUGGGCGUUUGUUUUCCAUCAGCAAGCGGUUCUUUUCAGUUACCUUGUUUUUUUAUUAUAUCCCGGGAUUUCGCCACGUACCUUUAGAUGCUUAACAGAGUGUAUGCCCAUUUCUUGCACAACCAGUCCAGU